AGCGCCGCCCAGUCAGUUCAGUACCGGUUCUCUUCACGUACCCGUGUUCCGUACGCGUUUUUCGUGCGCAGUGCUUUUUUUUUUUUUUUUUUUAAUUAUUUUAAUUUAUUGUGUUUUCCCCGUACGGCGUACGAUGUUUGUUCCGUCGAUGGCGACUGCGUGCGACUACCGUUUUCCGGUGUGAAUUGUUAUCGUGUUUCUCCGGUUUUACCGUCGUGCGGUUCUCGUUCGAUACGUUUCCCCGUGCGAACGUUUAAAGAGACGCGCGAACGUGUGCGCGUGUUCGGUGAGUUCCGCCGCGCGUCGUUCUCGUGAACACUUUCGUGCGCUCCGUCGACGCUUCGCCCACGUAUCGGUUCGGGUCGGAUCGCGCGCAGCGGCCAACAUGCCGCGGUCAAGUGGUCGUAGAGCUGCUGCGGCGGCGGCGACGGUGUUGGUCGCGUUGCUCGCCGUGCUGCCGUCCGCGCGGCCGUUCGAGGGCUGUCCGUCCGUGUGCUCGUGCAAAUGGAAGGGCGGCCGGCGGACGGUGGAGUGCGCGGACCGGGCGCUCAUCACCGUCCCGACGGGCGUGGACUCGGACACCCAGGUGCUGGACCUGUCCGGCAACAACCUGCAGAUACUGCCCAACCAGACGUUCGCGCGCGCCGGGCUGGCCAACCUGCAGAAGGUGUACCUGCGCAACUGCCGCAUCGGGCAGAUCGACGAGACCGCGUUCCGCGGGCUCACCAACCUCAUCGAGCUCGACCUGUCCAACAACCUGCUGACGUCCGUACCCACGUACGUGUUCCGCGACAUACCGUUCUUGCGCGAGUUGUCCGUGGCUCGGAACCCCAUACAGAAGAUCGAGGCGCGCUCGUUCGCCGACUGCCCCGGCGUCGUCAAGGUGGACGCGUCCCAUUGCGGGCUGCAGUCCGUGGCCGGGCUGGCGUUCGAGGGCGUCACGCGACUGGAAACGUUGCGCAUCAACGACAACCGGCUGACCGAGCUGUCCGCCACGGUACUCGAGUCGCUCAACAAGCUGCGGUCCAUCGAGCUGCACGACAACCCGUGGGUGUGCGACUGCCACCUGCGGCCCAUGAAGCUCUGGCUGUCCGGCAACAACGUGCCGUACAACCAACCGGCGCUGUGCGCGGGCGGUCCGGAACGGCUGUCCGGCAAACCGCUGAUGGAACUGGACGUGGAGGACUUCGACUGCCGGCCGGACGUGCGCGUCGAGUCGCGGUACGUGGAGGCCACCGAGGGCGAUAACGUGACGGUCCGGUGCCGGGUGGAGCCGGGCUCGAUGGCGCACAUCGCGUGGUACCUGAACGGCCGGCGGCUCCAGGGGCUCGGUCCCGUCACGCCCACCGGUUCGUACCGCGUGGCCGGGCUGGACCUGAUACACGACCACGACGCGUCCCGGCUGGACAUGUGCGACUCGCCCAUGUCGUCGACGGCCAAACCGCCGCCGUCGUACUACAGCGGCCGGCACACGACCGCGAGCAGCGUGCGGCCGUACGACGAUCGGACACCGAUCAUCGGCACCGGAAGCGCGGGCGACGCGUACAGCGUGGGCACCGGGUCCGACGAGGUGUUCUCGUACAACAGCCAACAGCAGUUGCACUACGGCGGCGGCGGUAGCCAUUACGCGCCGCAGCAGCACGUGGCCGGCCACAGCGUCGGUGGCAGCGUGAGCAGCGAUUACCCGGCCGACUACGGUCUGCCCAUCAUACCGCCCGGCCAACACCAUCAUCAGUCCGCGGGCAACGUGUCGCAGCACCAUCAGUACCAUCCUCAGCAGCACCCCCAGCACCAUAACCAUAUGGCACCGCCGCAACAGCAGUACUUCAACAAUCAGCCCCAGCAGGAUUUCCAACAACAGCACCAGCACGACGAGAUGUUGCAGCAACCGUCGGUGAAGACCCUUCGGGUUUGGCAGAGAGGCGUACCCGUGUUGCCAACCACGCCGUCCCUGCAACGGUUCGCCAACAGGACUUCGCCCAUCACGCCCGGUACCGACGUCUGACGUGCGCUUGGUUAAGUUUACGUUAUUUCCAGACUUACACAAUAUUAUUUAUUACGAUUCAUUUUUUUUUUUUUUUUUUUUACAAUUAUUUAUUUGCCCUUGUUUGUACGAUGUAUUGUCCUUCUGUGUUACUUUUUUCUGUAAGUAUUAUUACUAGGUGUAAAGUAUAUGAACAUUUUAAGUUAAUCGUGCGUACGCGUAUAUGCACGACGUGUGACGCGCGUUAAAAGUAUCUUCAGAUGUUCGCGUUUUAUUUCGCCAACCGGAGCGCCCUCGAUGUCGCGAAAACGCACGUCAUUGCGAAACACGGUGUUAGAUGUAGGUUUUCGAAACUUUUCCUCUUGGACGACCGCUUUUUCCGCUCGUUCCGCCGAGGAGACGCGACCGAAAUCGAUAUGUCUGCAGGUCGAUGGUGGAGCGGGUGGUCUUGUGUGCGCGUAGUAAGACGGGUGACGAAUUAUUAUCGCGAAAAGGGAGCGAUUAAGGAAGAAGGAAAAAAAAUAUUAAAAAAAAAAAAAUAAAAAAAAAUAGGGUUUUCUGGCGACGAUGCGCGGCACUAGUGGUGGGGACGAAGCGCGACGGAAAGACGUAUUGAUUUCCGGGAAUUUUCGGCGAAAACCGUUGCGGGAGAGUGGGUUGCUCCUUUUCGGGAAAUACAGGAAAAAAAAACCAUCCGUGAGAUCUCAUUCGUUACGGAAACGCGCGUCAUGCCCAAUGUUCCUUCUAUACGCGUACUUACGUAAUACACACGUUUUACCUAAUACGUGUGUAUGCGUGCACUAGU